UCGGAAUGGAGGCACUGCUGCUAGGCGCCGGGCUGGUGCUGGGAGCCUAUGUGCUAAUCUACUAUAACCUAGUGAAGGCCCCGCCGUGCGGCGGCAUCGGCAGUCUGCGCGGCCGCACCGCCGUGGUCACGGGAUCCAACAGCGGCAUCGGGAAGAUGACGGCCCUGGAGCUGGCGCGCAGGGGAGCGCGCGUGGUGCUGGCCUGCCGCAGCCGGGAGCGCGGGGAGGCAGCCGCCUUCGACCUCCGUCAGGAGAGUGGGAACAAUGAGGUUAUCUUCAUGGCCUUGGACUUGGCCAGUCUAGCCUCGGUGCGGGCCUUUGCCACUGCCUUCCUGAGGUCUGAGCCACGGCUGGACAUCCUCAUCCACAAUGCCGGGAUCAGUUCCUGUGGCCGAACCCGAGAAACCUUUAAUUUGUUGCUGCGGGUGAACCACAUUGGCCCCUUCCUGCUGACACAUCUGCUGCUCCCUCGCCUGAAGACAUGCGCCCCUAGCCGUGUGGUGGUGGUAUCCUCAGCUGCCCACCGGCGUGGACACCUUGACUUCACACGCCUGGACCGCCCAGUGGUGGGCUGGCAGCAGGAGCUGCGGGCAUAUGCCGACAGUAAGCUGGCCAACGUACUGUUUGCCCGAGAGCUCGCCACCCAGCUUGAGGGCACUGGUGUCACCUGCUAUGCAGCCCACCCAGGGCCUGUGAACUCAGAACUAUUCCUGCGCCAUGUUCCUGGAUGGCUGCAUCCACUUUUGCGCCCACUAGCUUGGCUGGUACUCCGGGCACCCAAAGGAGGUGCCCAGACUCCCCUGUACUGUGCUCUACAAGAGGGCAUCGAGCCCCUCAGUGGAAGAUACUUUGCCAACUGCCAUGUGGAGGAGGUGCUCCCAGCUGCCCGAGAUGACCGGAUAGCCCAGCGACUGUGGGAGGCCAGCGUGAGGCUGGCAGGGCUUAGGCCUGGGGAGAAUGAUGAACCUGAUGAAGAGCUCCAACCUGAGGACCCAGGGGCCCCAUGUUCUCCAAACACUCCCCACCCUGAGGAGCCCACAGUUUCUGAACCUUUCCCUGGCCCUCGGAAUUCACCAGACUUGUCUAAGGUUACACAUCGAAUUCAGGUUAAAACUGAGCCUGAACCCCAAGUCUCCUAACCCCCACACUUGGAUGCUUUCCAUGGCACUUCCUGACGCUGAAAACCUCAGCGGUGUGCCAGCCCAUGCCCUGGGCACUGAGGGGUUUUCCACUUUUACCUUUAUGGUUACUUUCUGGAGCCUCUAAGUGUAUCCAGGACAGCUCUUUUCCUGGUAGAAGGAAAUAAUGGAUGAAUACUUCUUCCUGAGAGGGACCGUAGCCCCAAUUCAGGGGUGGAAAGUAAUGUGCCAGGAACGGCUUCUCAGGCCCUACCCUGAGUGGUUCUGAUCAGUUCUCGGGCCAGGCCAGGCAAUUUGUAAUUUAAUGCACUGCCCAAAGCUGAGAAGUACUGAACCAUCUAGCUGGGUAGUUAAAUUACCUUCAUUUUACAGAAACGGGAUUAGGUUCCCCAGCGAAGGACGGACUCACGGUCUCAGCUAGUAAGAAGGAGUAACGGGUGAACCCAGGGGUCUGACACCAGGGCCGACUGCUGUAAGGUGCGUGAAGGGAGGUGGGCCAGGACUGCGCAGUCGUAACCAGGUGCCCCCGAGGGAGUAAGCGGGAUGCCUUCCGGGGUGCUUUGGGGCUGGGCCCCGCCAUCUGGAGCCCCCUGUAAUAAAGCGAGUUGACUGCCAA